AUGCCUGCGAUCAAACAUGCGGUUAAGAUCAACGUAGAUCUGGGUGAAGGAUACGGAAACUACAAGUGCGGACCCGACGACGAAUUGAUCCCGCUCAUCGAUCAUGCGAACAUUGCAUGUGGCUUCCACGCUGGCGACCCAUUGAUCAUGCAUCAAACGGUACUUGCUUGCAAAAAGCACAAUAUUGCCGUGGGUGCCCAUCCCGGCUUACCCGACAUUCAAGGGUUCGGGCGACGAGAAAUCAAAAUGUCACCUGAGGAAUUGACAGCUGCUGUUCGAUACCAAGUCGGUGCUCUGAAGGGGUUCCUUGAUGCCGAAGAUGUCCCGCUUCACCAUGUCAAGCCCCACGGUGUGCUGUAUGGAAUGAUGUAUAGGGAUAAAGAGGUUUGUCGAGCAGUCUAUGCCGGGGUACCAAAAGGAACGACAGUUUUUGGUCUUGCAGGCACGUUUCAUGAAGAAGUUGCAAAAGAGAUGGGUCUUCCUUUUGUUGCAGAGUUGUAUGGAGAUGUCAAGUACAACAAGGACAGUACGCUUGUUAUUGACCGGAAGAAGAAGGCCUGGCAUCCGGAUGAGAUUAAGAAACAUGUAACGAGUCAGGUCGAAAAUGCGACUGUCACAGCCGUUACGGGUGAGGAGGUGAAGCUUCCGAUAGGCGACCACCAGGUUUCACUGUGUUGCCACUCGGACUCGCCUGGGGCUGUAGAAAUUGUCAAGGCGGCACGGGAGAUUGUUGACCAGUUCAACAGCCGGAAUUACCGAAAGGCUUAGGGGUAUUCAAAUUGUGGUGCAAGUGAUAUCCAGGGCUAGCAUAUAAUCUCAAGGACGUGAGCUUGAAAAGCAGUGAUUCAAA